UGAUGCCUGUUUGCGGAGCCCCAGCAUGGUCCUCUCACAUCCCACUGGAGAGAACCCACAGGGGACCAGUGCCCAGCCCCUUGUACCCUUGGGAAGAGGGAGCAACGUGUCCCAGGGGGAAGCUACCCGUGUUCGUCCCACACCAGCUUUUACCCUCACCUGCACCCACUGGCUACCCAAGGGUGCAAUCCUGGACAGAGCCCACGGGUGGAAGGGGCCCCGCCGCAGGACUGAGUUCCCGGCUGGGCAUCCCCGGACCCAGCCCGGGCUGCCGGUGCCGGUACCGGGCGCCGCCGGUGCCGGGCUCUGCCGGCGGAGGCGGAGCGCGGCCGAUCCCUCCCCCGGGCAGUGCCCCGGGCCCGCCCCGCACCGUUCGGGAGGAGCCGCCGCCGCCGCGGGCACCGGCAGCGGCACCGGCACCGGGACGGCGCGGAGCGGAGGCAGCAGCGGCGGCACCAUGGCCUCAGAGAGAGAGGCGCAGCGGGCGCUGCAGUAUGAGCAGACUUUGAUGUAUGGACGUUACACUCAGGACCUGGGCACCUUUGCCAAGGAUGAGGCAGCCCGGCUGCGGCUGCAGGAGGGGGACACCCCCCGGCCCCGCCGCCCCUCCGAGCUGCUGGAGUACACCCAGGGCCGCUGUGCCCCUUGUCGUGUCUGUGCCUUGCAGUGCCAACGGUUCCUCAUCUCCAAGGUGGGCGAGGACUGGGUCUUCCUCAUCCUGCUGGGGCUGGUCAUGGCACUGGUCAGCUGGGCCAUGGACUUUGCCAUUGCCACCUGCCUCCAAGCUCAGAAGUGGAUGUACGGGGGCCUGGACACCAACGUGCUGCUGCAGUACAUGGCCUGGGUCACCUACCCUACCGUGCUCAUCACUUUCUCAGCUGGCUUCACCCAGAUCCUCGCCCCCCAGGCCGUGGGCUCAGGCAUCCCCGAGAUGAAGACCAUCCUGCGGGGCGUUGUGCUGAAGGAGUACCUCACCCUCAAGACCUUUGUGGCCAAGGUGAUCGGGCUGACAUGUGCCCUGGGCAGUGGCAUGCCUCUGGGCAAGGAGGGUCCCUUCGUCCACAUCGCCAGCAUGUGUGCAGCCCUGCUCAGCCGCUUCCUCUCCCUCUUCGGAGGCUUCUAUGAGAAUGAGGCAAGGAACAUCGAAAUGCUGGCAGCCGCCUGUGCCGUCGGUGUCGGCUGCUGUUUCGCAGCCCCCAUUGGAGGCGUCCUCUUCAGCAUUGAGGUCACCUCCACAUUCUUCGCUGUCCGCAACUACUGGCGCGGCUUCUUCGCCGCCACGUUCAGUGCCUUCAUCUUCCGUGUCCUUGCCGUCUGGAACAAGGAUGAAGAGACAAUCACGGCCCUGUUCAAAACCCGCUUCCGCCUCGACUUCCCCUUCGACCUGCAGGAGCUGCCUGCCUUCGCUGUCAUCGGGAUCGCCAGCGGCUUCGGGGGCGCGCUCUUCGUCUACCUCAACCGCAAGAUCGUGCAGUUCAUGCGCCGUCAGAAGACCAUCAACCGCUUCCUCAUGAAGAAGCGCCUGCUCUUCCCUGCUCUGGUGACGCUGAUCAUCUCCACGCUGACCUUCCCACCCGGCUUCGGACAGUUCAUGGCUGGCAAGCUCACCCAGAAGGACACCCUGGUGACACUCUUUGACAACCAGACGUGGGCCAAGCAGGGGCUCAGUGAUGAGUUCGAAUAUUUGGGCAUCCUGGAGGCCUGGCACCAUCCCCGCUCCAACGUCUUCGUCACCCUUGUUGUUUUCAUCCUCAUGAAGUUCUGGAUGUCAGCCCUGGCCACCACCAUCCCAGUGCCCUGUGGAGCCUUCAUGCCUGUCUUCGUCAUUGGGGCAGCCUUUGGGCGCCUGGUGGGGGAGAGCAUGGCAGCCUGGUUCCCUGAUGGCAUCCACACGGACAGCAACACCUACCGCAUCGUGCCAGGGGGCUACGCUGUGGUGGGGGCAGCCGCGCUGUCGGGUGCUGUCACCCACACGGUGUCCACGGCCGUCAUCGUCUUCGAGCUGACAGGCCAGAUCUCACACAUCCUGCCUGUCAUGAUCGCUGUCAUCCUGGCCAACGCCGUGGCCCAGAGCCUCCAGCCCUCCCUCUACGACAGCAUCAUUCGCAUCAAGAAGCUGCCCUACCUCCCUGAGCUGGGCUGGGGCCACCAUGAGAAAUACAACGUGCGGGUGGAGGACAUCAUGGUGCGGGACAUCCGCUACGUCACCCUCAACUGCAAGUACCGGGACCUGCAGCAGGUCCUGUGCAGCACCAAGAUGAAGAACCUGCCGCUCGUGGAGUCAGCCGAGUCCAUGAUCCUGCUGGGCUCCAUUGAGCGGGCACAGGUGGGGGCCCUGCUCAGCAACCAGCUCAGCCCCCAGCGCCGUGUCCUGACCUUGCGGCAGAAGGUGCUGUCCGAGGAUGGGCACCGGCUCUCCGAUUCCAGCAUCCGCUUCCAGAUCAGCACAGAGGCCUCCUCGGGCACCCCUGCCCGCCCUGCCCUCCGCAAGCCCCUGAAGCCAGCGCUGAAGCGGGUGCCCAGCAGCCCUGCUGACAGCCCCCCUGCUGGCGCCACCGACCACACUGGCAUCGCCCUCAAGAGCCUCUUCUGUGCCAACUCCGCUGCAGAACCCACUGAGGAGGAGAUGAUCCUGGGUGACAAGAUGACCCCGGCAGAGAUCCUGGAGUGGGAGGAGCAGCAGCUGGACCAGCUGGUGGACUUCAGCAGUGCCAAGAUCGACCCCGCACCCUUCCAGCUGGUGGAGCACACCUCACUGCACAAGACCCACACCAUCUUCUCACUGCUGGGCCUGGAUCACGCCUUCGUCACCAGCAUCGGGCGCCUGGUGGGCAUGGUGUCCCUCAAGGAGCUGCGCAAGGCCAUUGAGGGCUCACUGACGGGCAAGGGGGUGAAGGUGCGCCCGCCGCUCGCCAGCUUCCGCGACAGCACCGCCAGCACCAGCGAUGCCGACACCACGGCCCUGCGGCAGCUCUGGGACCGCCACCAGCACCACCCCAUGCCCCGCGAGGCCAGUCCCGGGGGCGACGACGAUGAUGACACUCCCAAGGGCCAGUGAGUCCCUUGAGGUCCCACCUGUGUCCCCAGAAGCCGCAGGGGCCCCUGGCAGGUGCCAGGGAAUGCCUGCCUUGUGCCCACUCACGCCAGGCUCAGCACAGGAGCGAGCACCCUCAAUCCAGUGCUGCUGCCCCCUCCCUGUGCUGGGAAUAGGAUGGGUGCCCCCCAGCCUGCCCCUGCUCCCCAACUAUCUGCCAGCUCUUGGGGCUUCCCACUUUGCUACCUCUGCACUCCCCCAAGUCCCUGGUGCCCCCCAGAAGGGCCACUGCCCUUACUCCCCUCCAUGGACACCACAGUGUCCCUGCUUGGGGUGGCCCAGGGGGCAGAGGGACAUCAGGUUGGGAUGCCCACAGGGACAUGGGUGGGCACUGCCCCCUGUUCUCAGCACCUCCUAGCUGGGAACUGGGGGGUCCUGCCACCUCUCUGCUGGGCACCCCUCCCCCUGUAAAUACAGAGAUUUUUAUAUUAAUUUAAUAAAAGGACUUUAUAAACACAA